UUCAAGUUCACCGUGUAUUUUAAAUUUUGCUUGCAAACUCGCAUUAAAAUAAAAUCGUUCGGAAUUUAGACUAUUCUAUUAAUUAAUUAAAUCAAUUAAUCAUUUUUUUGUGUGGAUAAUAUGGGGAAUAGCGAAACGAGGGAGAUAACCAUUGAAAACGACAAAGAUACCAUUUCGCAAUCACUAAGCAAAGAUGAUGAUAAAGAGGACAAAAAGAAGUUUAAAAAGUCCAAAAAGCACAAAGAAAAUAUAGAAAAAAGCAAUACAAAAGGUAUCUCGACAGAUUUAAUGUCGGAAGAUGAAUUUCAGCAAUUGAAAUCGCUGUACGAUCAGAAGAUAGCUACACUCCAAAAUAAAAAUGCGAGGCUUUACGGAGCGACGGUCAGUAACUUUGCGAGGGGUGUUGAGAGAUUGGAAGAAAAAUAUUUGAAAGCUUUGAGGCCGCCAGUUUGUGGAGAGCAGCAGUUGAAAAUUGUUGAAUGUUACAAGGAAAGCAAAAAUAAAACAUUAAAUUGUGGUCACAGUGUUGAUGAGUUUAACGCUUGCUUGCAACAGUAUAGACAAUCCAGAACGGUUACGUCAGGCUAAAAAGGAAGAGGAGAAAGAUGCUGAUAAUGAAUUCUUUCCCGCUAGUUUGAAAAUUUAAAAAAAUUCGAUAAAUUUUGUUUUAUUUUGGUGACUUUUUGUUUCUGGUUUUUUUUCCAAUAAAUUAUCAUUCGUAUUGCAAGGGUUUCAGUACAAAUUAAGAGUUUCACUAUCAUUAUAAUUGAGGGUUUACAUGCGUGGCAUUUAAAAAUUCCAACUAAAAUUAUGAAAAAGUGACCAUAUAAAGGGAAAUAAAAACUGAAUCAAUGAAAACAUUUUUAUUUAGUUUUUAUUCUAGCUGGCAAAUGAACAUUUUUUGAAAAAUGUAAGAACAGAAUCCAAAUAGUAGAAAAAUAAUAAUAAAAAAUAGUAAUAAUGAAAAUAAUAAAUAGCACUUGUUCGUCUAGCAGCCGAUGUUUCAAAGUUCAACGACUGUCUUUUUCUUUGUUCAUGGAAAAGUAUGCAUACACACGCAUACACAUACGCAUACAUUAUGUACAUACACGCAUACAUACAUCCCAUAUGUAGGAUAUAUUAUUUCGUAUUUAUUCCACAUAAAAAAAAUCUCAUAAAUGAUCUUCAAAUCACUUAUCGUACGUACGUAUAUCGCUCGUUUAUAUCGAAUUAUGGGUUUAAAGUUAAUACCGGAAAAUGUGUGGUAUGAUAAUUAGGGUAGUAUAGGUGAUAUAAUAUAUUAUAAUUACGAUAAUAAAUAUGAUAUAAUAUAUGAUAUAAUAUAUUAUAAUUAAUUUAUUUAUAAUGGGCUGUGUUGUUAGUUUUCGUAAUAAGGAGUCCAGAGUUGCCGCCAUUAUAUCUAGGGAGAUUGAAAAAAACUUGAAAAAAGAUGCCAUUAAGGAAUCCAAAGUAGUAAAAUUACUAUUGCUGGGUGCUGGCGAGUGCGGUAAAAGUACCAUUGUGAAACAAAUGAAAAUCAUUCACUCGUAUGGAUAUUCGAGAGAAGAGAGAAUUUCGUACAAGUCCAUUGUCAUAUGCAACGUUUUGCAAUGUAUGGCCAGCAUUUUGAGAGCCAUGAAAAACUUAAAUAUACAAUUUUCUGAUGAAAAUUUAGAAGAAGCCGCCAUCAAAGUUAUAGAAGCAGAGCAGUUAGGGUUAGGCGAGUCGUCCCUUGAAUUGGCGGAAGCUUUGACGAAUUUGUGGCACAACAAUGGCGUAAGAAAUUGCUUCACAACGUCCAAGCAGUACCACAUCAACGAUUCUACAGAAUACUACUUGAACAGUCUAGAGAGAAUCUUCCAGAGUGAUUACAUACCGACCGAGCAAGAUAUCUUGAGAGUUCGAGUUAAAACAACUGGUGUCAUUGAGACGACGUUCCAGUUUAAAGGAUUGCGAUUCAGAAUGUUCGACGUAGGAGGUCAAAGGUCAGAGAGGAAGAAAUGGAUCCACUGCUUCGAAGAUGUGACCGCCAUCAUAUUCGUGGCGGCACUCAACGAGUAUGAUCUCCUACUCGCCGAGGACAACUCCACUAACAGAAUGCGAGAGAGCAUGGUGCUAUUUGAGGGCAUAUGCAACAACAAAUGGUUCGAAGAGACCUCCAUGAUACUGUUCCUAAACAAGAAGGAUCUCUUCCAAAAGAAGAUCAAAUCCUCACCAAUCACCUUCUGCUUUCCAGAAUAUUCCGGACCGAAUACGUAUAACGAGACGUCUCGAUACAUUGAGGAACAGUUCAAGAAGUUGAACCGUAACCGAGUAUCGACCAGUCGGAACUGGUACACGCAUUUUACGUGCGCCACCGAUACCGGUAAUGUGCAGUUCGUAUUCGACGCUGUCACAGACGUCAUCAUUCAGAACAAUUUAACCGACUGUGGUCUUUAUUAAUAUUAAUGAUAAUAAAAUAAUUAUAAUUAAUAAUAAUAAUUACAGUUAUAAUUAUUAGUAAUAUUAUAUUAUGUUGUUACUACUACUUCAAUUUAUUUUAAUAAAUAGUUUAAAUGGUUAAAUG